CUACAUCUCAACAAUUUCUUACGUUUCUUCAGCGACAAAUGUAAAAAUAUGCUCAAAAAUGAAAUAUUUUGUGAAGAAAGUUACAGUCAUAUUUCUAUGUCUGAUGAAGAACAUGAUCAUGUGCAUUCUGAAACAGAAACCGAAACACACAUUACAGAUAAAAACAUUAAUAUAAAAAGGAAAACAUUUUUACGAGAUUUAACAAAUGUAAAAGAAAGGAAUAAUUCACGCAUAAAUAGCUAUAAAAGGAAACAAGAUCAAUUAAUCACUGAUGAUGAAUGGAUGCACAAAAACAUACCAAAACAUAAUGAUGACAUUCAAAAAUUACCAGAAUUAUAUGUGGUAGUACGAAAAAUAGAUGAAACAUUAAAGGAAGGGACUAACAAAAAAGAUGAAUCAUCAAAAAAACGCUAUAAUAGAAUUUAAUUUCAGUAAAGUGAUUUUACUACAAUAUUUUGCUACAGUCAAGAAGAUAUUCCGUUCUACGCUGUAAACUGGAAUCUGGAGGAUAAAAGUACCAAAAAAACAUUUACAGAUAAUUUUACGAUGUCUUGACAACGAGCGCACACAUGCCUUCAUUCCUUGCGGUCAUCUUAUUGUUUCGAAAGCAUUAAACGUUUAGAAGCUGACCGAUGUCCGAUAUGUAACGUAACCUUAUGAUAACCUUAUUCGAGUUAGAAAACCAUAAGAUUUACUAAUGAUAUAAGUGAUAUUUUUUUCGUAACAGCAGAAUGGUCUUUAAAAUUAUCCAGAUAUUAAAUGCAAUAGUAAAACUUAACACGAAUAUGGCUAAUAGUGUCACUAAGCUCGUGUCGUUUAAUGCUCUUGUCGUCUAACGCUUUUCACUCUUGUUAUAGCUAUUGUGAUGUAACUGUCGACUAAAUUUAAUAUAAAGACAAACUUGUUUCACGUUAGAGUUAAGUUACAUUUUUGCAAUAUAUUACAUUUGUAAAGGAUAUUUCAAAUAUCUUCUUAUGUAAGUUGGUUAUCUUCUUACGGGCGAAAUUAUGAGUUAUGUUUGAAUGAUUUCAUAAUGAAAUUAUGAAAUUAUGAGUUAUGCAAAAUAAGUUUAAGUUCCUAGAAUAGAUAUUCGUACAGAAAGUAUAUAAAGACAAAAAAAAUGUAAAAAAAAUAUUACUUUAACAACUUUAAUUCACUACUACUACUGACUACUGUAGUUAAAAUAUUUGUUUUAUUUAAUUGACUCUAAGCUAUAAUUGGCUUACAACUAUCUAUUUUUCAAUUACAUUCGAGAAUAUAAAUAUUAAUUUUUAAAAGAGAUGAUUAUAAAAAUCAAUCUUUUGUUAUCAAUAUAUUUAAAUCUUAUUCUAUCAAGUUUUUACGUUGUGUACAAGUAUACGUUAUGCUAAAGAUAACAAGUUAACAAUUUAUUUAUAUAUUGUUACAUGUAGUGUGCGAUUCCAUUUUAUAAUUAUGUAAAGUUUUGAGAUAUCAAGAUAAAAUAUUAAAUAUUAUUUUUGUAAUAGGUAAUAAAUAUAAUUCAAAACAGUUUUUACUUUGUACGUUAAAUCAAAGAUAAAUUUGAUUAUCUAUCCUCAUAAUAUUGUAAUAUGUAUUCUGCUAGCGACUUUAUUUGAUAGCUUUAUAAAGUUUCGAGAAUAUAAAAUAUAAAAUACUUGUAUAUAAAAAAAUAAAUAUAUAACAAGUACUGUUAUACUCUACAACACAAUUAUAAAGACUUAUGC